UGGUGAUGAAGACCAAGGUUAGGGGAUGAAGACGGUGGAGAUGGUGAGAUAUUGGUCUAUUAUGGGAUAGUUAUGGUGAAGCUUAGAGAUACUAAAAAGGUAGGAUUCAGUGGUAUCUUAAGAUGCUAACCGUCGUCAUUGGAAUAGGUGAGGGCGCUGACGCACGACACACAACGCUCAAACACACUACCCCUAGAUCAUGGGGUGCAUCUUCCAGUUGUGUUGCAAGAAUCCCAGAAACUGCCAUUGUUCAUGUUCCUGCGAGGUUUCACACACUCGACCCACCACUCCCUAUCUAGGAAGAAAGCUAGAGGGCUGCGACGGUAAAGUCUUAUAUAGUACUUCAGUCGGUGGAGUAAGAGAUCAUGUUGCCAGCCCACGAGCAGACAACGUGAGGAACGUAUCCCCUAUCGCUGUUAUACUCCUUGGAGUUUUUAGCCUCAACCAACCAACCCUCCACACGUGCUCUCGGACAUAUCCCGUGCCUCCCACGUGCCCACUUAAUCUCCCCUUCCUCACCAACUAUAAACUCCCCUCCACCUCCUCGUUUCCAGAACCAGAGAAGAUCGCAGACUUCGAUCUCGUAUCAACAACGGAGAGUACUGGCAAUUAUGUUGGCAGCGUGGUCCUGGUUUACUCGUCCCAUAAACUACCUCCACCAUUCCAGGGGAUCCACCGGGUGGUGAAAGGGGUUUGUAGGGGGAGCAACAACGAUGAGGUUACGCCCAUAUGGCUGGGGGAAAGUGGGGCUGGGGGUAAAAAGGGAGAAGAUGCGGCUGAAUGGGGUAGAGGAAUCAAAGCCGUGGACGGGCAAUUGGUCAUGGAGAGCAUCGCCUCACAUUGGUUUUGAUGGUUGGAGGAGGCGGUGGGGGUAGAGUGGUGGCUGAGGAAGUGUUGUUGGUGAUGACGGGGAGUAGUGAUCGGAGAAGAUAGCGAGAAGAUAAAAGGAGAGUGAUAAGAAGCACUGAUGGUUUAGUGACUGGUAGAGCUUCGGCGCGGUAGAGGGAUGACGUUUCCCAGUACCUUAAAGUACUACUCAUCCUCAUCAACGUUCCAUGG